UGUGUUGAGAAUGCGUGGGAGUAUUGGAGCGUUGUCAUAGGACUGAUUUCCAUUGUCUGUUUUCUGUUUGCUGCACUACCGUAAGUUUAAAAUCUUAAGCAGUCCUCAGAUUCAAACAUGAGUAAUCUUGCCUGAAGCCUUUUUCAAAAGCUGCCUUUUUUUUAUUUUAUCUUGGAUAUGUUUCUCUGUCUGCAUAAUACAGAUAUAAUAUGCCAGAGAAGCAUGUUGUUCAUGUUUGCAAAAAUAUUUGGUGGUUGACAAAUGAGCUUGAUGUACUGUUCUGUUGUACUGACUUGACACUAAUCUCUGCCACUUAGAGCAAAUGAGAAUAAAUCACCUCUUCUCUCUUAUCUUCUCCACCCUGAGAUGUGUGUGCACGCGCAGGCACACUUGCAGCAGAAGUUGGCUCAGUGUUUAUUUAAACCACAUGCUAUGUCACCGGUACUGUUGUGCUGGCUCCUGCCAACGAAAUUUGGACUGGGAGAAGGUCAGAAGCAGCACAUGAGUUAGCACUUCAGUAGUGCUAAAUCAGUUGCUGUUUGGUCGCUGGCACUGGGUUCAGGUUUCAAAUAUGUAGAUAGGAGAUGACAAAGGAAAAGUAGAAAUGCUCCCAGCAGGUGAAAAUGCCUGAAACAAAAUGGGAUUGACUCCAAAGUCUGUCCCCAUAAGGGGGAUAUAAUUUACUGAACUAGUAAAAAGGCUAUGGAAAUCAAGCAAAAUAAAACCACUCAUAGUAAGCUGUUGAGCUUCAAAAAUAUUAGUUGAAAUAUUCGUUGAAAGGGGGCUUUACAUUAAAACUGUCAUGUUAGUGAGCAUGGAAUUCAUCAAGAUAUGUCUAAUGGACUCACAUUUGGGAUUGCUUCGUAGUCCCUGUUGUGAACGUGAAUAAUAGCUCUCCAAUUUAGAGGCAUAAGUGUAGUCGUCAGCUCUUUUAGCAGCUUUGUUCAUUCUUAGCCCUUCUAUGUUAAAUAACAGUGGUUUUCUUAUUUCAAUAUUUUAAAGGCUGGUAUUUACAGCAAAUGAAUAUAAAAUGCUUAUGGCAUAGGUCUGGUGACCAGAAAAUUGUAGUUCAGUGCAGGCCACAAAAAAGGGGCACAUGCAAGCAGUAAUGAGGUUGUGAUUUGAGUCUUUUGUUAUGUGAGAGUAAGACAUGGUGAGCUAUAGUGAUAUUGAGUUCUUCUUCAAAAGUCAAAUUUACGUUGCCUGUCAGAAUGGAAGAGUGGAUCAAGCGCUGUCUUUGGGCUUUCUGCUGUGUUGGAUAGCUGGAGAUCUUACAAAUUUCAUAGGCUGCUAUUUAACAAAUCAAUUGCCAAUUCAGAUUGUCACUGCCAUUUUUUAUGUUAACAUGGAUGUAAUUAUGAUUUCACAAUUUGUCUACUAUAAGCUGAAGAAUCAGAAGAUGACAAAAUGCAGCAAAAGCCUGAAGAAUUUCUGUAUAACCUGGAUCAUGGUGUGUAUAGCACUGUGUGUUAUUUUACUCUGUCAGCUGUUAAUACGAAACCAAGACCAGAAUACAGUAAUCGAAAGAAGUAAUAACUCUCUUGAUAUGAUUGAAAUGUCAGGCUUCAUUUGUGGCUAUAUAUCCUGUGUGUUUUACUUGGGAAGUAGAUUUCCUCAGCUGUAUACAAAUUUCCGAAGAAGAUCAACAGAAGGCACCUCUUACCUGCUGUUUGCAUUAGCCAUGAUGGGAAACUGUACAUAUGGACUGAGUCUUGUUUUAAAGAUGCCAGCUACUGAAUCCUUCCGGGCCCUCUACUUUUUACACCAUCUUCCAUGGCUCAUUGGGAGCUUUGGAGUUUUGUUUCUAGACAUUUUUGUGACUGUGCAAUUCAUCCUGUAUCGUCAGCACAAGGAGGGACAAUCUGGUUUAGUAGCACUGGAAGUGGAACCAUUGCUGGUGAAUGAGGAGACUGCCUAGUGCCGUGCUGGAUUUGGCUCCUGUUUUCAUCGGAUUUUGCUCUUGGAUGACUUUGUCGAACAGUUAAGAUUGCAGUUG